AGGAAAAGUUCUCGGGAAAAACAGUUACAGUUAUCGUUGUUUUUUUAUGGAUUACUGUAAUACUUCUGAAGAAUUAAUACUACCGACAUGCCCUGGCAUUCUGACCGAAACUGAAUAACCAGUGGAACAGACACAGAACUUGCUUUUUGUCGGUAGUUUUACACCCAUUUAAUCAAAACGAGAAAGGAGUAAGGAAAGGAAAGUGGACUGUUUAACCGGUGACAGAUUUUCUGAGGAAGAAGCUAAAAAGAACAACAUAUAUGGAGCAUAAACCGAGUUAUGUUUGAGUAAUAGUUAACCAACUUUGUGCACGUUUGUGUUAAGUUAGCUUAGACCAAAGAAAACUCGACUUAUUUCGGACAACCCAACAUACAUUUCGGACAAACAGCUAUGGCAAAGAAAUACGACUCCCUCUUUAAACUGCUGCUUAUUGGUGAUAGCGGGGUAGGGAAAACAUGUCUGAUCAUCCGAUUUGCUGAGGACAACUUCAAUUCUACAUACAUAUCAACUAUCGGUAUUGACUUUAAAGUGAAGACCAUUGACAUUGAAGGAAAGAAGGUCAAGCUACAAGUCUGGGACACUGCAGGACAGGAGCGGUUUAAGACCAUCACUACAGCUUACUACAGAGGAGCUAUGGGCAUCAUUCUUGUGUAUGACAUCACUGAUGAGAAAUCAUUUGAGAACAUUCAAAACUGGAUGAAGAGUAUCAAAGAGAAUGCAUCAGAAGGAGUGAGUCGAAUGCUGCUGGGCAACAAGUGUGACAUUGAAGCAAAGAGGAAGGUGUCAAAGGAGACGGGUGAGAAGCUUGCCAAGGACCAUGGAAUCCGAUUCUUCGAGACAAGUGCAAAGUCAAGCAUCAAUGUUGAGGAGUCCUUCUAUGCUCUGGCUCGAGGCAUUUUGUUCAAAUCAAGCACAAAGCCGGGCUCUUCUGGCCGGGAGGUCAAAGUCACCAGCGGCACCACGGACAAAAAGUCUUCCAAGUGUCUUCUUCUGUAAACUCCAGACCCAACGCACUCAUGCACACCCCUGCAGUGCAGCAGUAUUACACACAAAGGGUUUCCAAAAGUAGUUUGGAUUACAAUAGCAAAACACAGUUGCAAGAUAAAGUUUGUGAACCCCUUUGAAAUUACCUGCCUUUUUUUUUUUUUUUGCAUUAUCAUUAUCGGCCAAUGUGGUCUGAUCUUCAUCUAGGUUUUAAUCCAGUCUGUUUUGGCCAGCCACCCCAUUGUAAGGGCUUCCCAUUUUCAUGACCCCUAACAACCUGGAUUCUGACACGUGGGAUAUUUUUCCGGUUUAGUGCCAUAACUAAGUCUGUAAUUUAUAGAAUGCUGGUCAGCUGCAGUUGCUGCUGUUAGUAGGGUUCACAUAGUUGAUAUUUUUAUUACCAUAAUUAUUGCCAAAGUGAGUAAAAUGUCAUGCUAAAAAUUAAUUAAUCUGAGAAAAAAAUCGAAGUGGGAUUUGAGCUCAAGAUAGACUGUAAAAAUCUCCUGACAUGUGCUGUGGGGAAACUUUCAUGUCUGUUUUCACAUGGUUAAGCAAAACUUUUUUUUAAAUAACUAGUAGAUUCUUCUUUAGCAGUAAUAAUGUUUCCUGGUCAGAUAUCCACAGUGGUGAAAAUAAAUCUUUUACCAUGC